AGCGGCGUCAUGGAGGGUGCUGUCAGAAAUGUUUCGGCUCCUGAGCGAUCGCAGCACCUAGCCGUCUUGGCUUUAGCAGCCCCCUAGCAAAGGGCUUGUCUCAGAGGAUCCGGAACUGCGACCCAAAUUCAACGUCCUCUCUUGUGCUAACCACCAACGGUCUCUGCAAUGUUGCUUUUUGCGCGGCAUUGUAGCUUGGACAAACCUAGGUGAGUCUUGAUGGCCAGGGCAGACUGCGUCGGCGGUGCUAUGCAGGUGCAAAGCUGCUGCCUAGGUCGGCUUGCCCAUUUCAUCAUCGUGCUUGUUUCCCUGGUGUCCCCGUCGUUUCUCAUGUCCGAUGUCAGCUCGUCAAUGCAAUGUUUUUUCUUUGUAGUCGCCGAAUGCCGUUUUCAUUGGUGUUCACAGCCCUGUCCAUGGCUCUCUCUGCCCUUUUUCCUGGCAGAAUCGCCCAUGGCGAAGAGGUGGAAGGAGAAAGAGGUGCCAAAUACGUGGCGGCGUCCUUCGCUGCAGGGCUGGAUCGGCUGUGGUGGCUGGCCGAGCUUGGCUUGUGCGGGCUCGCAUGCCCUCCGCCGGCCCUCGAAUCGGCCAGCCCACCGACAAGCACUCCCGACCUACAAAUGAGCCGCGCCGCCCAGCCUGGACACCUGAGGUCGCUGAAUCGCACAGGCGCGUCGUUCAUCGCAGCAGUCUAGCGAUGCUACCG